AUGGAGGAUGGUGGACUUGGCCUCGCAGUUUUGUUGGACCUGACCAUCCAAUUAUGGGAGAUGAAAUCUAACUGUGAUGGCGUUGCCGAAUGGGUGUUGCUGCAGAAAACCAUUCCACUGGAGGGGGUGUUUCCAAGGAGAAUGCAUUCUUUAUUUUUCGUCGGUUACGAUGAGGACACAAAUAUGAUUGUUCUCACUACGCCGGCAGGAAAUUUCAAUCUCAGACUUGACUCCAUGCAGAUUAAACAUAUUGUUAAGAGAAACACCAUGUGCCUCGAGACCUUUUAUCCCUACACAAAUUUCUUUACUGCAGUCAAGGGAGUUGGGUGGAAAGGAGUGGAUCUGAAACAGUGA